AUGAGGUUAGUAUUAUCAGAUCGCUGCCGGAAGUAUGACAUUUCAUUUCCCUUCUCAACGGUCUCAGUUCGAGUAAAUGGCUUGUCGAGAUCCAGCUAG